GUUAAGUAAGACUUAGUACAUCGCAUGCAACCCAUCGUAGGGUGAAGGGAGAAAUUUGUGUUUUAAGCUGAGUCAGUAACUAAUGCUAUAUCCAUGCAAGGCUGCCAGCCCUGUAAACAGAUGUCACACGCCGACAAAUAAAACAAACAAACAAAAAACAGAAAAAAAACAGCGUGCCUGAGACGAGAGGGGAACCCAGAACAACCAACCCUCACUGUAUCAAUGACAGGCGCUAACCGUUGUACAACAACACACUACAAUUACAUCCACAGGUCAGUUUAUUUGAAAUUAUUAGUGUAUUCUAUCCACAAUAUUUAGUCACAUACACCAUUCAUAAUGACCCACCAUCUUACCGUUCAUCUACAUGCACUUAUUUUCAGAAAUGUCUUCCGUUUCGAAGAGCAAUAUUUAAUGAGGGUCAUAUUUUUUUGUUGACACUUACCGCAUCUACACAAAACGAUUUCUGCUACACGCGGACGUGAACUCUCCACCCGGCGGCUGACAACUAGGCCAAUGCGUCAACCUCACCCCGGGGUCAGCGUGACCUGGUGACGUCACAGGCAGGUCUGGGCAAGAGAAAGUAGGUCUGACGAGCGAAGUCCGCACGAUUUCUACUUUCGGUUCGACAGACGACACAACGACACGGUGUACGUUAAUGGUGUACGUGGAUGUACAGUGUACAAGCCUUGUGUCGGAAUGGAUCACGGACAACUAAACGACUUGCCAGCAGCUUUGGAAGCUUUUGCUAAAAGCCUUAAAACCAACGACGAGUGGAAAAGACUGCAAAAGUGCAAGGAACUCGAGAAACAAAACCAGGAGAAGGCUAGUACGAUAAAAGAGAAGGACAAACAACUCGCCGAACUACAAAGCAAAUUUGGAAAUUGUGAGAAAGAACUUAAUGAAAAGAAAAUCGCUUUAGCUGACCUGCAGGAAAAACAUAAACAUGAACUUAAGGGAAAAGAAACCGCUCUUGCCAAUGUGAAGGAGUUAACUGCACAAAAUGAGAAGCUGACAAAGGAUCUUGACGAAGAGAAAAAAAAAGCCACAAAAGAACGGGAAGUACAGUCUAAGAGAACUCAGAAGCUGGAAGAAGAUAUCAAAGAGGAGAAAGAUACAUCACUUAAAUUGCGAAAGCGAGCGGCGCUGCUCGAAGUGAGAGGCUUGCUGUGGAAAGCCCUUUUCUGGAUCAGAUCGAAUGAACUUGCAAAACGAGAAGAAGACUAUACAGAAGCAAUGAGGGAGCUGGAGGACACUAAGAGAACGAACGAACAACUGAGCAUUCAACGCUCAGACGCUAUAAAUCAAGCAAACGAAAAGAAAAUUGCUCUGAAUAUGGAAAGAGGGCGUUUAGAGGAACAAAGAAAAGGACUCGAACAACGACUUGUGAAAAGCGAAUCCAAAUGUACCAAACUGGAACAAGAAUUGUCAUCAGUAAAGAGAGACAAUGAAAGUCUGGAAAACACAAAACGAGAGCUGGAAGAAGAGAGGCAAGAAUUGGUCAGACAGAACGACAUCUUGACAGCUGCGGCAGAAGUGGACAAACAACUUACCGCUGCCUACCAACAGGAAGCAGAGAAGAUUCAGAUGCAGCUAAAUAUCCUGGAGGUACAAAAGCAGUCGGCAACAGAGCACAUGGUGAAGGCAGGAGAAGACUGUGUCAGAAUCCAGAUGCAGCUGACUGUGGCGGAAACCGCGGUGACGGAACUGAGAAAAGAGGUGGAGGUCAAGGACAUUCGUCUUCGGGAGAUGCAAGACCAACUGGAUCGACUGGAGGAGCAGGAUUUGUCUCGGAAUGAAAAGCUGCAGACAGCCACACUGGACAUCGCUCGUCUCCAGAACAACGCCGCGCUGGCAGAGACAACAAUCACAGGACUACGGCAAUCAUUAGCCGCUAAGCAGGGUGAGCUAGAACAAUCAGAAAGGAGUUGUCGGGACAUUUCGGAGAAAGCUAGACAUCUGGAGACCACACUUCACCAGAAGGUGGAAGAAGUUCGGCUAAACAAGUUAGAAGUGGACAGAUUGAGACGAGACCUGUGUGCAACCUUGCAGCAGAGGUCAAGAGGUCAUUUCCAAAAUAGGAACUAACAACAUUCUCAGAAUGGCCGGCAAGCUAGAGAAUUUGAGGACAAGAAAAAACAAGCUAAAAGGAUGAGAAUAAAUGUAAAAGUUGGCGACCUGUAAAAACGUAUCUGUGUAACAACGGACGUGUACAGGUGGACUGCCGAGACCAACGUUUUGCCUCUUGCCAAGUUCUCCACUGUUAGUCUCGGCGAGCGUAAACAAUGAAUGUUACUAAACCGGAAGUUUUGUACGCACCUGCCUCG